GAAGGAGACAGAGAGAGAGAGAGAGUGUGUGCGCGUGCGAGGAAGAGUUCUAUGAAUGCUACAGAGAGAGAGAGAUGCUGAAUCGAUCAAGAAAAUCUUGGUGAAGCUGGUGAGUUCAUAAUCUCUACCCUCGGAAUAUUUUCUCUAUCACUUUGAAUGCAAUGUUUGCUUUCUUUUGUCAACAAAGCCGACUCAGACAUUGUGGUUCUGUUGGAAUUUCAGCCACAACUCAUCUGGGUUUUCUUCCAAAACUACAUAUAACAAUACCCAUCAAAUUCUUCUCAUCAAAGAAAACAUCAACACCACCAACAACCAAGAAUGAAAUCGAGUGUUUUACAGUGUCUCACCUCAUAAACUCAUGUGGAUUAUCCCCAGAAAUCGCCAACUCUAUAUCCCACAAGGUUCAUUUUCGGACCUCCGAUGAACCAGACUCUGUUCUGUCUUUCUUCAGAGAUCGUGGGUUUUCUGAUUUCCAAAUUUCCAAACUAGUUCAUAAGUCCCCAUCGUUGCUCUUAUCAAACCCCAACAAAACCCUUUUGCCCAAACUCGAAUUUUUCCAAUCUUUAGGGCUUUCAAGAACUGAAGUUGCUGACCUUGUUGCUUCGGCCCCAUUUCUGUUACGCUAUAGCUUGAAAAACCGCCUCAUCCCAGCUCUUGAUUUCCUCAAAAGAGUUGUUCUUCUUGACAAACGGGGUGUCUUUGCUUUGAUGCUCCGGCCUCGGUUUUUCUGGAUUCAUGUGGAUAAAAAUGCUAUCCCCAAUGUGGCAUUGUUGAGAGAACUUGGUGUGCCUCAAUCCUGUAUCUCUUUAUUGGUAAGUGGGAAUCCUUCUGUGGUGGCUGGAAACAAAGACAAGUUUAAUCUGUGUGCAAGAAAGGCGAUUGAAAUGGGAUUUGAUCCUUCGAAAGUGACAUUUGUGGAUGCAAUUUGUGUGUUUUUUGGCAUGAGUACAUCAGCUUGGGAACGUAAAGUGAAAGUCUAUAAGAGAUGGGGUUUGUCUGACGAUGACAUUCACUUGGCAUUCAAGAAGUUCCCCAGAUGUAUGAUUCUGUCCGAGAAGAAAAUUACGAGUGGGAUGGAUUUCCUUGUGAAUGAGAUUGGUUUCGAGCCUAUAACUGUUGCUAGAACUCCAAAAACUCUUGGUUACAGUUUGGAGAAGAGGAUCAUUCCCAGAUGUUCCGUCAUCAGGGUUCUGUCAUUGAAUGGCUUGAUAAAGAAGGAAAAAGGUUUAAGUGCUAUCCUUUCGACGAGUGAGGAGCGCUUCUUGGAUGCCUUCGUUACCAAAUACCAGGAUCAAGUUCCUCAACUGUUGAAUGUUUAUCAAAAGAAAACUGACGUUCUAGAAUUAGGAAUUGGAAAUGAGGGUACUCCUUAAGUUAAAACAACUAUAGUUUAUCAAGAAAAUAAAAUCUGAAGUUUGGAGUAAUUAUUAGCUUUCAUUACAGCAGUUGCAAUUUUUUCGGCUUGUUAACUUCACUGGACUUGUGCCUUCUUAGUUGCAGCAGGCAACAGAAUUGUGCCAAAUUGGCUUUCUGCUGGGAUUAUUUAUGAACUUCGGAGAUCUUUGUUUUGCUUUUGACAUUUCUCUUUGCAAUGAAUGAUGUCUUGAGGUCUUGAAGAUGGUAAAACCUUAUUGUUUCACACUAGUAGUCAACCUAGGUUCUAUAACAUGUUUCAUUCUGUUCACCAAGCUUCUGGAAGAUCUCUACCUCUUUGUCUUCCCUACAUGGAAACACCUGCAAAAUCUAGAAACUGUUGGGGACUAGAUGGUGAUCCUGUUCCACUGAACAAGAAUUACCAAACUCGCAGGGUGCUAUAGAUAAGUUUUAUUUAUGAUUGUUAUAGACAUUGUUAGUGAGAUGUAAUUUUGAAUUUGGCAUGUGCCUGCCCCUUUUAUUGCAUUGCUAUUCAAAUAUAUAUAUUUUACCUCUAACCAA